GCCUCUUUACUCUUAAGAGGGAUUUCUGCAGCAUUAGAUAAAAUGAUCAAAUUUAAUGCAACAGAUGACCAUAUUGACUGAAUUUUAGUGCAAAAAAAUAAUUCAGGCCAUAUUGUGUUGCAUCCUGCACCAUGUCAGCAUGUAAGAAAUAGCCAAAUAAUUAAGAUGACAUCACUUUUUGGUAAACAAAAAAACUGCAAUGUUGUGAUUUUCCAUGCUUCACCUGAGAUUCUACCUCAAGCUGACGUGCUGAAUAAAUUACUAUUAAUAACCUUUUAUUAAUAAUUAUACAGUAUAUGGAAGCUAUUUUAAUUUAAUAUUUGAUGUUACUGUAUAUGGGAUUUUUGGUGUGUUAGAAGAAAUCCAAAAAGAAAAACAGGUGACUGACUUUCUAAUUUGUUUGUAGGAAAUUAUUAAAACAUAAUGAGAUUUCUGUGUUUCAGUUCUUCUAUGUUUGUUGGACCAAGAUCCUUGUCAAACUGCUGUCUGGUUAUGAAAAGCUACUUCCUGUCAUAUAAAAACAGUCUCCCAUGCAGGCAGCUCGCCGUCACAGACUGCGUUUGGGGGCUUUCUGCAUGUUGGCAGCCGGCAUGGCGUUAACGUCAGAAGCUCCGCCUCCACUGUCGCCAUCUUGUCCCCACUUAUGCGUCUGCGACGUGACCACACGGCGGGUCAACUGCUCCUACGGCGGCCUCAGCACUGUUCCCGAGACUCUCCCUUCUGACGCCAACCAGCUGAACAUGAGCCACAACGCCAUCAGGAUUUUGGCGCCUCAGCGCUUCCGAUCCCUGACUCGACUUUUAGACUUGGAUUUGAGUGACAACCUGCUGGCGUACAUCCAGGUGGACGCUUUCAUUGGUUUGAGAAGCCUCGUCAAUCUGCGCCUGGCUCGUAACCUCUUAAAGAUCCUUCCAGUUGGAGCUUUUUCCGGCUUGUCGGAGCUGCAGCUGCUAGACGUGAGCAGCAAUGAGCUCCUGGGCUUCCUUGAUUUCACUUUCAGAGGCGUAGCGCGGCUGCGUGUGAUCCAAGCUCUGCAAAACGACCUGGUCUUCAUCUCUCGCCAGGCUUUCGCCGGCCUAAGCGGCCUUCGCCAGCUCUACCUAGACGCUUGCAACGUGACUUCUGUGCCCACAGAGGCGCUGGCACACGUUGGUGGGCUGACAAGUUUAUAUUUGCAGCGUUUCGACUCUAGCUCGCUGCCGAGCUACGCUUUCAUUGGCUUGGCGCAACUCAAGCAGCUUGUCGUCACGGAUUGGCCCAGACUGGAGGCGCUGUCAGCAAACAGCCUCGUCGGCCUCAAUUUGACAUCCCUCACGAUUAGAAAAUGCAACCUCAGCGCUGUCCCUUAUGUCCCUUUGCAUCAUCUGGUCUAUCUGGUCCACCUUGACCUGUCCUAUAACCCCAUCACUUACAUCCACGCCAACCAACUCGGCGAGCUCCCCAGGCUCCAAGAGCUCCACCUCGUCGGAGGACGUCUUCUGCACAUUCAACUCAUGGCUUUUGCUCGUUUGACGCACCUGAACCUCCUCAAUGUGUCCGGAAACCUCCUGAGCACGCUACAGGAGGGCGUCUUUCAUUCCCCGCACGGCCUGCAACAUCUCGGCCUGGACGCCAACCCCCUUUCCUGCGACUGCCGCCUGCUGUGGCUCGUCCGCCGUCGCUCUUCACUGAGCUUCGGCGGACGCUCUCCGGUGUGCAGCAGCGCUCUCCGCUCGUGGGGUUGGCGUAAUUUCCUGGAGUGCGCCGAAGCGGAAACCCUGCUCACGUGCCGGCCGCCUCGCAUCCAAAGACGCCAACUCCAGCAGGUGAGGGCGGAUCAGGGCCACACGGUGCUUUUCUAUUGCAGUGCGGAAGGUGACCCCGCGCCAUCUGUCACCUGGUUGAGCCCACAGCGAAGAGUUUUCGGCGAAGUGGGCAGGAUACGUGCGCUCGCUAAUGGCUCGCUGGAGGUUCGCUUUGCUCAGCCUCAGGACAGCGGCACUUACUGCUGCGUGGCAUCCAACGUGGCGGGAAACGACACGUGGCCUGUCACCCUCCACGUUCGAGGUUUCUCCUCAUCCCCCAACCCUUUUCAUCUUAAAAGCUGGCUGGCCUUUCCGUCCACCUCUCCCGGGGAUGCGAGCGGCUCGCAGGAACUCCCGAUCGAUGUCAAGACGCUGCUCAUAGCGGCGUCCAUCGGCUUACUUUCGUUUUUUGGCUCGGUGAGCUUGUGCUUCGUCUUCAUGUUCUUGUGGUAUAAGGGCAAAGGGCAGAGGAAGCACACUGCCACCAUUGCGUACGUGCCACGCAGCGCCGUGGUGAGCAGAGAUGGCAGCGCAGGCAACUACAUGGAGACCAGCAAGUUUACCAUGAAACUGAUGUAAACAAUUCAGUGAUUUAAAAAAGUUGCACAAUAAAACAUUAGGCGAUAUUUGCAUACAUUUGUAUUACUUAAAUCAAGGGUGUCAAACUCGUUUUCAAUGAGCGCCACAUCGCAUGUAUGACUGCCAUCAUGAAUUUUCCUAUGCAUUUGAUUAGCAUAUGUAUUUUUAUGUAAACUAUAAAAAAAAACAAUCUGUAGAUUUUACAGUAAACAACUGGCAAUUUAGUCACCAGAAUUUUGCUGUAAAAUAUGCAGCUGAGAUAGGCUCCAGCGACCCCCCGCUACCCCGAAAGGGACACGCGGUAGAAAAUGGAUGGAUGGAUGGAUACAGUGACUUUUACAACAUAUUUUGGUAAAUGGGAAAACAGUACUACUGUUUUUUUUUUACAAUAAGAAACUUGCAGCUUAGUUGUCAGAAUUUUACUGUAAAAUGUAUGGUGUUUUUACAACAUAUUACUGGAAAUGGAAAAACGACCCACUUUUAUGUUGAAAUCCGGCAAAUGGGCUGCCGAUUUUUAUUGUAAAAAACUGGGCUACUGUUCUUCCAUUUACAGUAAUACAUUCUUAAAACAACAACUGUAAAUCUUUCGUUUAAAAAAAACAAUCUGGCAGCUCAGACCCUGUCAUUUCAAUUUUACCAUAAAAAACAGCGAUAGGCUUUUUCAACCUACAGUAAAUAGGGGUUAAAAACCCUGAUUAUUAAAAAAUAUAUAUGGUAAAUUUUUACAAUUUGAUGAAUAACAUGCUUUGAAAUCAGUAUUUAUUUUUGACUAAAUGAUAAUAUUUGUUGCAAUAAUAUGGUCCAUGAAUCAUCCAUCAAUCCAUCCAUCCAUUUUCUACCGCUUGUCCCUUUUGGGGUGGCGGGGGGUGCUGGAGCCUAUCUCAGCUGCAUUAAAGUAUAAAAUGUAUGUAAUUUCAAGCUGUACAUUUUUUUUUUUCAAAAUGGAAAGUAUUAAUAAAUUUAGUAAGAAAAUAUAUGGUACUUUAUUGACCUAUAUUAUUUCCAGGCAUUUGUGAGCUAUAUACAAUGAUGUGGUGGGCCAGAUUUGGCCCCCGGGCCUUGAAUUUGACGCAUGUGACCUAAAUGAUAUGAUGCAGAGUGAACUGCAAACAAACUUAUUUAGGACAGAUUUUAUGUUCACUUUACUGACAAACUGCCGCAUGUCAGCAGCAUGUCGAGAGAAAAUAUGCAUUCAACCUUAUAUUAAGGUUCUUUUGGCACGUUUGAUCUUGAUUCCACAUAAUUUUAUUGUAUUUUUAUUUGUUUUAUGUUUUCAUUAAAUAAAGUACUGUACACUCAG